AUGGAUGCUGACAAGGCCGCUGAUAAGGCCGCUGACAAGGCCACUAAGAGACAUCUGAACAGGCUUUCGAGCGAUCUUGGUCCCGCUUGGCAUACACCAGGCAGGUCAAGGUCUCGCCGACAACAGGAGCCUCUAUCGUCGCCCGCUGCUGAUCAGCCGCUUCCAUCUGGGUCUACAGAUACCAGGGCCAAGUCCAAGUCUAAGUCCACAACACCGCUUCCCGCGUCUAAGCCGAACAAGGACUCGGAGCAGCCCGAGAACCCACCCGAAAUGUCUUCGCGAGGGAACCAGCGCCGAGGCCCAAACCGCAACAGCGAGGUGGGCGAGCACGGUGAGGAACUAUCCGUGUGGAAAGAACUCAAGGACAAGAUUCCUAGUGCCACGGAGGCUUUCAAUGACAGCAGCGCCAAUGUCAUCGAGAUUCGCGACCAAGAAAAGCGCAUGGCCGAGAUGAAGGAAAAAGGCAAUGUUCCAGCUGAAGAAUUCAAGAAAUUAGACAGCCUCUUUCGCAAGGGUGUCAAGGCCAACGAGAAUGCUGGCCAAUUAUUAACAGAGACUAUGGAGAAACUGAAGGUACUGCGCGCUGUACAGAAGGCCAAGGAGGAGCAGCAAGAGGCCAACACCUCUCGAGCAGCCGUUCAAAGAGCCAAAGAAUCAGCAGCUACGAAUUCCGUGUACGAUUUUGAUGGAGCUGGCGAUUCUCCUGUACCUUCUCCCAAUCCUGCCGUACCUCGUCGCAUGGGUGGUGGUGGCAAGGGCGAUCGUGACUCGGUGCCACCCAGGCUGGAUCGCUCUACGCCCGCAGCCAAGGCUGGUAGUGCCGAGCCUCAGGCCGGACCGGCCUCUAUCUCCAACCGUACUAAGCAAACGUUUGCCAAGGACGACGAGGUCGCUUUCAAGCCGAAGCCGGUGAACAACGAGCAAACGGAUUGGAUACUUGGCAUCGUUCAAGAUGUGCGUGGUGAAGGUAAGUCAAGGCGGUACAGGGUUCUCGAUGCCGACGUGGACGAGAACGGCCACCAGAAGGACUUCCGGACUAGUGCUAGCAGCAUGAUCCCGAUCCCAAAGGAGGGAACCGUGCUACCACCUUUAGAAACAGGCAAGACGGUAUUGGCACUCUACCCUAACACGACAACUUUCUACAAGGCCGAAGUCAUGGGGAUGGACAGCGAAGGGAAGGUGAAUCUAAAGUUCGAGGGCGAGGAAAGCAGCAAUACCAUGCAAGCUGUCACGCGACGUCACGUCGUGGAAUAUCGUGGUUGA